AUGAAUCAAGGAGAAUAUCCAAACUGGCUGGAGCUUCCGCGGGAGCUGACGUCAACGAUUCUAAACCGGCUUGGCGUGAUGGAGAUACUGGAAAACGCACAGAAAGUGUGCAGAUCGUGGCGUCGAAUCUGUAAAGACCCCUUGACGUGGCGGAAGAUUGACAUGCGUAACGUGGGACACAUGGGAGGUAGCUCUCACGUGUUAGAGAAGUUGUGCCGUCACGUUGUUGAUUGUAGUCAGGGCGGGUUGGUUGAGAUCGAGAUUUGGCAGUUCGCUACGUAUGAUCUCCUUCAUUACAUCGCUGAUAGUUCAAGUAAGUUGAGAAGCCUAAAACUUGCAAUGUGCUAUCAAAUAGAAAGCGAGGGACUUACAGAAGUAAUUAUGAAACUUCCUUUACUAGAAGUCCUCGAGUUUUCAUACUGCUCAUUGUCAGGAGCGCGUCUGGAACAUAUCGUCCAAGACUCUUGUUUUAAUCUGAAGUUGGGGGAAAACUGUGAUGAUGUUGCUCUAGCAAUUGCUGAAACAAUGCCCGGACUCACCCGCCUUCAGCUUUUCGGGAACAGAUUAACAAACCUCGGUUUAAACGCCAUUCUUGACAAGUGUCCUAACCUUGAAUAUCUUGAUCUACGUCAGUGCAUCAAUGUUAACCUUGUUGGGGAUCUUGAGAAGCGGUGUUCCGAGAGGAUCAAAGUUUUGAAACGCCCUAAUUAUAAUGACUCGGUUCAUGACUACUCUUAUGGUGUCUCUGAUGACGAUGAAAUGUCAGUGGAUGGGCUUUACUACGAUAACCUCUCAGCUGCAAGUGACGAUUCUGACUUUGAGGUUUGA